GAGAUGGGCAAUCGUGGAAGGUGUAUGACUGAUUCCCCAUUUGCCAUGGUCACGGAAAUGUCUGCAGCGGAGGGCUCUGCCGCCGCUGAGUCUCAGUCUAGGCCCAAGGGAAGUAACUCCAGCUUCCACUUUCAUCAGGUCCCCGAUAAGUGGCUGUCGCGCAUCGCUAACUGGGGCGUCGAACUGCGCGGCGUUACUCCUGUCCCUAUUGAGGAGCGAACUGACACGCGCUUCAUCAAUGUUUUCUUCGUCUGGUUCACGCUGAGCACAAACCUGCUACCGAUCAUCACCGGCAUGGUAGGGACAUUCGUCAUGGGCCUGUCCCUCCGGGACGCAUCUCUGAUCAUCCUCUUCUUCAACAUGCUGUGCACAAUCCCACCGGCGUAUUUCAGCACAUUCGGGUCCCGAACGGGCCUGCGUCAGAUGUUGCAUGCCCGUUUCACGUUUGGGUAUUAUCUAGUCUCCAUCAUCGUUGCACUCAACUUGUGCACAAUCGCUGGGUUUGGCGUCGUAUCCUCUGUUCUGGGUGGAUCCACUCUCGCCGCCGUAUCGGGUGGGAGCAUCGACGAUACUGCGGGUAUCGUGGUCAUUGGGAUCUGCGGUAUGGUGGUGAGUUUUGGCGGGUACAAGUUCUUGCACCAAUAUGAGCGAUACUGCUGGCUAUUUGCGCUUGUUGCAAUCGUCAUUGCCACAGGUGUGGGCGGGAGUAAAUUGUCGAUGCAGGCGCCUACCGAGCCGCCGAGUGCGGCGACGGUGCUGAGCUUCGGAGGCGUCAUUGCGGGGUUUCUUAUCCCCUGGGCUGGCAUGGCCGCUGACUUCAGCGUCUACUGCACACCUUCAGUCUCGUCCACCCGCAUCUUCGCCUACACCUACCUCGGCCUCUUCCUCCCGACAGUUCCGCUCAUGGCUCUGGGCGCCGCAAUCGGGUCGUCGACAAACUCUAUAUCAUCCUGGUCAACGGGGUACACUCUAUAUGGUGUUGGAGGAGUCCUCGACGCCAUGCUCUCGCCAGCUGGCGGUUUCGGCAAAUUCGUCUCCGUCUUGCUCUCAUUUUCACUGCUAGGCAAUCUCGCCGCGUCGAUGUACUCGAUAUCCCUUAACUUUCAGCUACUACUGCCAUGGAAGCUCUGGAGAAGGGUCCCGAGAUUCGUAUGGUCGAUUAUCUAUACUGGUGUUCUUAUCCCGGUUUCCGUUGUUGCUGCGAAGUCAUUCUUUACUAACCUGGAGAACUUCCUCUACGUUAUUGCGUAUUGGUCGGCGGGGUUCUUCUCUGUUGUGACGGUGGAGCAUUUCGUUUUCCGGCAGGGUGCGUUUGACACGUACACCGCGGACCCCAGUGGCGACGGGAAAACCACCUGGGACAACCAGUCGAAGCUGCCAACUGGCCUCGCGGCGAUUGGCGCGAUGGCGCUUUCGUUUGGCCUGGUCAUCCCGUGUAUGGGGCAGGUGUGGUUCACUGGCCCACUUGCAAAGACAACGGGGGAUAUUGGGUUCGAGAUUGCGCUUGUGCUUGCCGGAGCACUACCUUAUCUACGCGGAGUCGAUUGA